UCGACCCAGGUGAAGGUCGCACACACCCGCCAUGCCCAAGAACAAGGGAAAAGGCGGUAAGAACCGUCGUCGUGGAAAGAACGAGAACGACAACGAGAAGCGUGAACUCGUCUUCAAGGAGGAGGGCCAGGAGUACGCACAGGUCGUGAAGAUGCUGGGCAACGGUCGUCUCGAGGCUCUUUGCUUCGAUGGCGAGAAGCGUCUCGCUCACAUUCGUGGCAAGCUCCGCAAGAAGGUCUGGAUCAACCAGGGUGAUAUCAUCCUCCUCUCUCUCCGUGAUUACCAGGAUGAGAAGGGUGAUGUUAUCAUGAAGUACACCGCCGACGAGGCCCGUUCUCUCAAGGCCUACGGUGAGCUGCCUGAGCACGCCAAGAUCAACGAGACCGACACCUACGGCGGUGACGGCCUGGACGACAACGUCGAGUUCGACGAAGAUCGCGAGAGCGAGGAUGAGAAGGACAUCGAUGUCGACGACAUCUAA